UUCCAAGUGAAGAGGUCCAGACAGUUGGACAGGCCCCCAAUCAGUUCAUUCAAUGGCCAAAAAGAUUGGUUGACCCUCACGUAAAGGAGUGGACAAAUGGAAAGGUGAUAAAUAAAUACCAACACUUGUUAAUGAAAAACAACUCUUUUAUUUUAGGAUAUGUCAUAUAUCAACAUAGUAAAAUAAUAAUAAAAAAUUAACUGUAAUAGUGUCAACAUAUAUCUUCCAUCCCCAUUUUUGUUUGUGUAGGAUAAUGACAACCAUGAUGAGGACAAUGCUUCUGAUGAGAACAAGGGUCCAAUAUCACGUUUAUUGACAAUGACUACUCACCUUGGUCCACAACCGAUAGAGCUAAUCCUGAAAGAAGAAAUAGUUGGGCGGUCUGCUAUAUCUCUUUUUGUUGGCUCUGAGGAGAUAUUAGAGAUAUGUGUGGGGAAUCAAAUGCUAAGUGCAGUGAUUCUACAAGUAUGGAUAAUGCAUUUGCAUGGGAUUUGUGUUCGAAAGGAUACUGCACGCCUGUACGGUUUUCUUGACCCACAUACCACUCAAGAUGUGGGGAACAAGCGUGAAGAUAUUCAAACUUAUAUAAUGACUCAACUGAGUGAAGGAAACAAAGAGUGCUACUUACUACCGUACUACUAUCCUAACCAUUGGCAGUUGUUUGUAUUGUGCCCGAGGAAAAACUUAAUUGUGUUCUUAUGCUCUUUGGGGAACAAACCAAAGGCAAACAUAAAGAGUACUCUAGAUUUGGCGAUGCAAGCACAUCAAAUGACAAAAAAUAAAAGGAAUUCCAAGCCGAAAUGGAUUAAGCCAAUGGUAAAUGAUGUUUUUAUUUAUCUUCAAGUACUAUAAGAUGUUUAUAAUUUAUAUGUUUAUGUUAUGAUAGAUAGUGCCCUGUUUGUAUAAAAAAUUACAUUUCAGCUUUGACUUUGUUGAUUUUAUGAGUCAAGUGUUCAAUCGGAUUGCAGUUUAUUAUUUCAGUUUGCACCUUAUAGUUGUUUGAUUAUAUUGUGUUAUUUGAAGGGAUAAAAUCAAUGCUACUAUGUCUUGUGCAAAAAAAACAUUUCAGCUUCUAGUUUAUUGAAUUUUUUUAUCAAGGCUGCAAUGUGUUCAUUUCAGUUUGCAGCAACUUAUUGAAUAAGCUCUGAUUGAUAUUGCACCUUAUUAGUAAUGUAGUUUAUUUGUACUUUAUUG